AUGGUUAAAAUGUACAAGGGCGAAGUUCUUGGAAAAUUGUCAAUGAUGCAACAUUUUAUGUUUAGAUCUCUGAUACAUUUUGAAGAAAGUGCUUCUUCACAAAAUCAUGAACAUGAACAUGAGCGUGUUCAUGCUUUUGGUCAUAAAUACAUUAAACAAAAAUCAAUUCGUGACAAAGAUUUUGUCGAUGAAUAUUCAAAGGAUUAUAUAUCUCUGAUACAUUUUGAAGAAAGUGCUUCUUCACAAAAUCAUGAACAUGAACAUGAGCGUGUUCAUGCUUUUGGUCAAGAAUCCUGA